AUGGCAUCCGCAGACAAGCCCCACGCAGCUCCUCAACCCGCCUACUUGCCAACAGCAGGCAGCAUCCUGAACGCAAACAAAGACUUCUACAACUCUCUCGCCAACAGCAAAUCCAGAACCCUCAAGCAAACCAUCGAUAUCCCGCCACGCUCAGCCAAAGCCUGGAAAGUGCCUGCUGGAAGCAUUGUCCGCUUCUCUACCCCGGAGGGUGCUCAGGUCGGUGACUUGAACAUCUGGAAUCUGUCGAAUCCACGCGAAAGAUUCUGGGCAGCUCGCACGAGACAGUUGCAGGCUAGUCAUGUUACCGUGUAUGAUCGUCUUUGGAGUUGCUUGCCUUAUUUGAGGCCUAUGGUUACGAUUAUUGCAGACUCGUUGAAGGAUUAUGGUGUGGAUCAGUGGGGUGGCAGAUGUCAUGAUUUACUGGGCACUCGCUGUGAUCCGUAUGUGAAUUACAUGCUCUCGGCCGAUCAAUACGACUACCAUUGCCAUUCGAACCUGACCAGAGCUGUCACUGGACUGAACGCCGAGGGCAAGUACUUCAUGGAGCCCAGCCCGGCCAAAAAGACUGAUUACCUCGAAUUCUUUGCCGAGCAAGAUGUAUUGAUGGCAUUGUCUGCAUGCCCUGGCGGCGACCUCAGUGCUUGGGGCUGGGGUGAAGGUGGUGCUGGUGAGGAAGGAGAAAAGAAGAGCAUGUUGGAUUGUUGUCGACCUCUCAGAGCUGAAGUGUACAGCUUGGAUGACGAGUCAUUGCUGGAAGGUUGGACACAAUUCGAGCCACCAAAGUACACUGGGCUCCACGGUAUGAAGGUGCCCAUUGGGGAGAAUGUAUAG